GUGAACCCAGAGCCCUCCCUGUGACCACCAUGGAGCUUAACACCCUCAGCUCCAAGUUAAAUGCUGCCUUGAGGAACGGGGAUAAAGAAGCUGUGCUGGAGCUGCUGGAGCAAGGGGCAGAUGUGAAUUCCAAGGCAGGCAGUGGCUGGACACCCCUGCAGACUGCAGUGCAAAACGAGCAGAAGGACCUGGUCCAGCUUCUGCUGGACAGGGGAGCUUCUCUGCACGCCAGGAAGGACAAUGGUGGCACUGCAUUUAUUCAGGCAGGGAUAGCAGGAAACGUGGAGAUCCUGGAGCUCCUCCUGGAGCGUGGCUCGGACAUUAACGACCAGGACAUCAAUGGCUUCACAGCUUUCAUGGAGGCUGCGUGGCACGGGAGGGAGGAAGCCUUGAGGUUCCUGUACAGCAGAGGAGCAGAGGUGAAUUUGAGGAGGAAGACCAGCGAGGACAAAGCCAAGCUGCUCAAGGGAGGCGGCACGGCGCUGAUGGAUGCCUGCAGGGAGCGCCACCUCUCGCUUGUGAAAAUCCUGGUGCAGGAGAUGGGGGCUGAUGUGAACAUCCGUGACAACAAAGACAGGAAUGCCUUGAUCCACGCCCUGAAGAAGGGCUCGAGCAAAAAGAGGUACAACUCAGCUGUGUCCAUAGUUCACUUCCUGCUGGAGCAGGGCGUGGAUAUGAAGAGCAAAGAUGAAUGUGGGAAAACUGCCCUCAUCCUGGCUGUUGAAAUGGAGAGCCCAGAGCUGGUGACAGCUUUGCUGGAGAAGGGUGAGAUAGACAUUGAUGAUGCAGAUGAGGAGGGCAACACAGCCCUGAUGGUGGCUGUGAAGAACGAUGAUUGCAACAUAGCAGAGUUGCUGUGUGAAAAGGGAGCGAGGACUGAUAUUGGGAACCUGAUUGAAGUUGCAAUGAGACAUUAUUAUCACAGCAUGGAAAAACUCCUUCGUGAGCACAAUGCCAGGUUUGUUCCAGAAACCCCCAGAGAGUGGGAGCCAAACAGCAAACGCUGGAGGGCCCAGCUGAAAAAUCUCCAUCAAAUAUAUCGCCCCAUGAUUGGCAAACUGAAGACAUUUCCAUACAUCCAGCAGAAAAUUCAGGAUGACAUCUACCUCGGGCUCCACGGAGGGACAGAGGUAGCAGUGAGAAUAACCCGCAGUGCAGAAGGUAACAAAGAGAAAGAGUUCUUUGAGAAGUGCUCUCACUGCAAUCAUCUGCUGAAGCUCUUCCAGUCUGAGAAGGAAAAAGGCUACAUGUACUUCUGCUUCCCACUCUGGGAGAAAAACCUCCAGGAACACCUGCAGGACCCUGAAGGCCAAAAGGAUUACAAAGCUGCUCUGAAGAUGAUCUUCCAGGCACUGAGAGAGCUGCACUCCCUCGGAUUUGUUCACCAGGAUCUACAGCCUGAGAACUUUGUAAUAGAUUUAGGUGGCAAAAUUUACUUGGCGGACUUUGGCAAUAAAAGAAAGUCGAUUGAAGGCCAAGAAGAACUUGUGAAGUCAGAUUUAGAGGCCCUGGGCAGGCUCGUGCUCUGUGUUUUAACAGGGGGUAGAAAACAAGUUGGAAUGGAGGAUUUGGCUCCCAAUUCCCCAGAUCGCUCAGAAGCUCUGGACCUUGUACAAAGCCUGUGCUCUCAUGAUGAACGAGGCUUGGAAGGGUUGAGCAAACAUCCCUAUUUCUGGAGCAAUCAGAGCUUCUCAUCCCACAGCAGAUUCAACUUCCUGAAGACUAUAUGGAAUAAUAUCAAAGACCUCCCAAAUAAAAAAAGUAUUUUUCAACAUCCUAAUGUCACUAAGAAAACUUUUCCUUAUCCAGAGUGGACCAAAAUGAUUGACAAAGAUAUUUUACAUGUCAUGGAAAACCCUAGGAAUGCAAAACGUACCAAAUACAGCAAUGAUGUCAUCCAGCUCCUGAGGCUCAUGAGAAACAUGGAUGAACACAAAGAUGCAGGGAUCAGCAACAAAAUAGGAGACUAUGCUGAGUAUUUCCUGAAGGUUUUUCCAAAACUGACCAUCUAUGUGUACAACAGUCUACGCCAGAACCCCACCUGCAGUCACCUUGCAGACUUCCAGGACCCUCCUCUCUAGGAUGUCACUGCCUCCUGUCCCAUGUCUGAUCCCACCAUCACUCCUUUUAUUUCUUAUUUAUUCACCUGCAAAAGAGCUGAAGAUGUGGGUAAGGAGAUGGGAUAAAGCACAUGCAGGGACAGAUUAUGGAGGACUUAAAUUAGGAAAGAUUCCAAAGAGUUUGGUGUAACAACCACGAGCUUUGGAUGCUCUGAUUUGCACUGUGAUUAUAUGUUGCUUAUGGAAAUGUUUUUCAGCUGUGAAAAGGUUGGUUUGUGUGUUGUUUUUUUAAUUUUUCCCCAAACUGGGAUUGUAAUUCUUUCAAUGACCCCAUGGAGAAACAAACUUGAAAUAAACUUGACUGGAAAACUGA